AUGGAAUCGUUAUGGAUGAUGCGGCGUGGUGGUGGCCCUUUUUCAAGACGUGAUACGCACAUAGGUGUGCUAUCUACGAGUCUGUGCAUCGCCAUCAUGAGGCGAGUCCAAAAUGUGCGCGGUGCGGAGACAAAACCCAAACGAAUUGGAAAGAAGGAGAGCUCGGCGCAGGUGCACAGACCAACUAUUCAAACUUCGCAGUGCCCUCUGGCAGCCCAGUCGUCUGAACUAGCUGGUGCAGCACCAGGGUGUCUGUGGCGUACCAAAUGA